AUGCGUUUCUUCAACCUCGUCGGCCUUCUCCUGGCCGGAGCCACUGCCACCUCCGCCGCGAACUCAACUUGCGCGCCUACAUCCUCAGACGCAAAGGUUCUCCAAUUCGCCUGGGGUCUAUCUGACUUCAUCGGAGGCUACUACAACUCGACCGUGAACUCAACCUUCUCCAGCUCGUCCAACGCCACCAUCUUGGCCUAUAAGAAGAUCCUCUACGGAGUCGAGAAGGAGAACACCCUCGGCAGCAAAGCCAUCGAGAAAGUCGGCGCCAAGGCCGACGGUUUCUCGCAGCCCGAGUGCGAAUUCAAGUACCCCAAGGCCACCACUCCUCAGGCUUGGGCACAAUGGGCCUACCACCUUGAGUCCACUGUGACUGGUGCCUUUAUCGGUCUCGCCGGCUACACCCAGUCGCCCGAGGUGUCCUUCCUUCUGGCUCGUUUGGCCGCUUCGCACAGCGCCCACGCCGCUCUUAUCGGCAGCCGAGUGAACUCCACUUUGUUCGCUCAGAAUGCUACUUCUCUCGUGUCUGCCUAUGGACCGGCUCAGGUGCUGUCCACUCGCAACCAGACUGGUAGCCUCGGCCAGUACCUCGGAGACUGUCUCUCUGUUCCUUCCAGCCCUUGCGGUUCUUUGAACAUUGGACCUUUGGCUGCCACCCCCUCCUCUUCCGGUGUCGCCCACUCCACUUCGGCUACUGUGAGCAGCACUACUUCUUCCCAGACGCAGUAA